GGCUCCCUCUCCUCGCUGCUCCUCAGAUGGUCCGGAGGGAGGAGAGAGAUGAACCCGUGCUCCCGCAGGCCGGCCCGGCUCCGCUCCGGGCUCCUGCUGGCGGCUGUGGCCGCGCUGCUGCUGCAGACCCUGGUCGUGUGGAACUUCAGCAGCCUGGACGGAGGCGCCAGGAGCCGGGAGAGGAGAGAGGAGCGCGCCGCCGGGGAGCAGCCGCGCUGGAAGAGGGGCGACCCGCCGCCGCUGCUCGGGAAGGCGGCCGCUCGACACCAGCUGCAGGCGGACGUCUACCGUUCCCACCGUCCCAAAGAGAAACUUCCCUUGGACAGCAACAACAACGAGAACUCUGUCCCCAAAGACUUCGACUCCAUCGACAGCAACAGCAACCUCGCUACACGCUCGCAACGCCAGCGAGCGCCGGUCGGAAACAGCAAACAUAAGCUGGACAAAGUGCAGAGCAUUCUGGGAAAAUCUGCUAACGAGGUCCUGAAGUUGCCUCCGAUCCAACCCAGAGGGAUCGGGCCCAGUCGCAACCACACCCACAAAAUGAAACCCCGCCCCCAGACGCUCCCGGUUCCGGUCCGGGGGUCCAAUCAGGAUCCAGCGCUCCUCCGGGCAAAGACGCCGGCCAGUCAGGAGCCGAGGAAGACGCAGCCGCAGUGCGAGGUCAGCGGGAAGGAAGCCAUCUCCGCUCUGUCCCGAGCCAAGAGCCGCGGGUGUCGUCAGCAGAUCGUGGAGGUUUACUGCAAACACAAGGACGGAGCGCUGCUGCCCGAGAGAGUUCCUCGCUACUGCCCCCUGGAAGGGAAGGCUAACGUGAACGUGCAGUGGGACAACGACCCCGCCAACGCUCCCCAGCUCGAGCCCGUGCGGAUCGCCUUCGUCCUGGUCGUCCACGGCCGAGCCUCACGUCAGUUCCAGCGUCUCUUCAAAGCCAUCUACCACACCUCCCACUACUACUACAUCCACGUGGACCAGAGGUCCAACUACCUCCACAGAGAGGUCCUCUCUCUGGCCCGACAGUAUUCCAAUGUCCGCGUCACUCCGUGGCGGAUGUCCACCAUCUGGGGCGGAGCCAGCCUGUUGACCAUGUACCUGCGCAGCAUGGAGGACCUCCUCAACAUGACCGACUGGUCCUGGGACUUCUUCAUCAACCUGAGUGGAGCUGAUUACCCAAUCAGGACCAACGAGCUGCUGGUGUCGUUCCUGUCAAAGUAUCGCAACAUGAACUUCAUCAAAUCUCACGGGCGAGACAACGCACGUUUCAUCCGGAAACAGGGUCUGGACCGACUCUUCUACGAGUGCGACACCCACAUGUGGCGUCUCGGGGACCGCAAGAUCCCAGAGGGCAUAGCGGUGGACGGAGGCUCCGAUUGGUUCCUGCUCAAUCGGCCCUUUGUGGAUUACGUGGUCAACUCCAGAGACGAGCUGGUUGGAAGCAUGAAGCGCUUCUACGCCUACACACUGCUGCCCGCUGAGUCCUUCUUUCACACCGUGCUGGAGAACAGCGCCCUCUGUGGCACCAUGGUGGAUAACAACCUGAGGCUCACGAACUGGAACCGGAAGCUGGGCUGUAAAUGUCAGUACAAGCACAUCGUGGACUGGUGUGGCUGCUCCCCCAACGACUUCAAGCCCUCGGACCUGCCGCGAUUCCAGCAAGUGUCCAGACCCACGUUCUUCGCCAGGAAGUUUGAAGCCAGUGUCAGUCAGGAGAUCAUCAGCCAGCUGGACUCGUUCCUGUUCGGAGCGCUGGCCCCGGGCACGCCGGGCCUCCAGGCCUACUGGGAGAACACCUACGAGCAGGAGACGGACGGGCCCGCCAGCCUGUCAGACGCUGCGCUCAGCCACUAUCACGCCUUCGCUCGUAUGGGAUUAUCACGUGCUGCCAGCUCGCUGCAGGGACAUCCCAACGACAACAGCUGCAGGUUCACGGCCGUGAGCCACCCAGUGUCCGUGCACCUCUACUUCCUGUCAGACCAGUUCCAGGGCUACCUCCUGCGCCAUGUGGCCACUAACAGAGCCUCCACCCAGCUGGAGACGCUGGAGACCUGGGUCACACCCAGAGACCACUUCACCCUGGCCAGCCCCCCCCACCCCACCAACAGACUGCAGCAUGUCCAGGUGGGAGGCGACUGGGACCCGAAGGAGCGUCUCUUCAGGAACUGGGGGGGGAUGCUGGGCCCCAAGGACGAGCCGGUGGCCGUGCAGCGCUGGAGCCGCAGCCAGAGCAACCUGACGGCCACCGUGGUGUGGAUCGACCCCACCAACGUCAUCGCCGCCACCUACGACAUCCUGGUGGACGCCUCUGCUGAGGUCACACACUACCGGCCGCCGCUCACGGCCCCGCUGAGGCCCGGCGUGUGGACGCUGCGGGUGCUGCACCACUGGAGCCCGCUCGGCCAGACCAGCUUCAUCGUGGCUCCGCUGGAGUUUCACAAACAACAGCCCAUAGGACUCGAGGACGCUCAGCGGCUGCACGCCGGCCCGCCCAGGAACUCCUACAUGGAGCAGAGCUUCCACGGCCUCAACCCAGUGCUGCGGCUGCCGGUGAGCCUGGGCGCCGUGGAGGAGGCCGAGGCCAACGCCAGUCUGACGGGGGCGCCGCUGCGUCAGUGGCUGGACCGGUUGCUGGAAGGCCACUGGUCCGCCUCGGACAUCUGCUCCACGGGCCCCAGCGCCUGUCCCGUCAUGCAGCGGUGCCGCCUCACGGUCUGGAGCUCCGACAGCCCCGACCCCAAGUCCGACGUGAGCGCGCCCAGAGAGGACGGACGCAUCAGGUAGCAGGCGGACAGACUGAGGGAACAAAUGAAGGAAGGCUGAUGCUUUACUGCGUCAUAUUUAUUUAUUUAAAGUCAGUGAAUGAUGGAGACGGAAGUUCAGAGGAAGAGAAUUCUCCUCAGUCCUCAUUCAGUGUGCUGCUCUCAGAGUGUGUGUGUGUGUGUGUGUGUGUGUGUGUGUGUGUGUGUGUGUGUGAGAGUCGUUUACCUCUUUUCCAUGUUAAGAAGCUGAAAACUGGUCGCUCAUCUUUAGGUUGACUGGUUUUAUGUGAGACUGCCAGACUCCCAGUCGUCAUGGAAACCCUCAAUUCUUUACUUCAAAUUUCCAAGAAAAUUAAUAAUAAUUUAAAAACAGAUCUGUUUAAUUAACAGUUAUUUGUUGACAGGUGGAAAUCGUGAGAGAUAUUGAACUUUACCAUCAAAUGCAGAGAAUAUUCUUGUCCUGCUCUUCAGAUUAAGACAGAAUUAUAAUAAAUUAUUUAAUAAAUCUCGUGACUCGAAGCUUCAGUUCAGAAAGUUUUCAAACGGAGUCGAAGCACAAAACACUUUCACUGUGAUUAUUUUAGACCUAAAUUAAGAUAUUUACCUCCAUAGAAGUACCUCAGAAAGUGAAAUAGAAAGUUGUACUUGAUUAAACCAACGCUGCCAACAACCUGAUGAGAACUUCCCCCAUUCACUGUGUGUGUGUCUGUGUGAGUCAGUGUGUGUCUGUGUGUGUCUGUGUGUCUGGAUCUUGUCAGACGCCCUGAGACUUGAAGUGUGAGACGUCUCCUGCAGAGCUUCACCUCCUGUUUCUUUUUAAUUUUUAAUUAUUCUCUGUAGAAACUGAUGUGACUGCGUCAAAGCAAACUUCUGCUGUGUGAGUAAUUUAUUCUCAAGUUUUUAUAAAAACAAGGUCGUUUUUUGAAGUGAGGUGAUGAAUCUGGUUUUUGGAGCAGAAGGGGCAUUAGUUCUUUUCCUCAGUUUUAUUCGGCUCCUUCAAACCACGAGUUCAUCACAUCCACUGUGAGAAAGUUCAGCUGCAGGUUUUAAACGGAGGUCGAUCAAGUCCUGUUUUGGAUUCUGAUUGGAUUCUGCUGUUGGUUAAAGAUCUUUGUAGAAUCAAUUCAUCUCUAAUAGUUUGAUUCAGCGUUGAACAUGUUUGUAUUGUGUACAUACGAGUAUAUGUAUAUGGUCAAAUUAUAAAAUUAAUAACUGAUAAAAGCAACAAAUUUACUUUAUUACCUCUUUGCACUUAAUCGUUGUUACAUAAACAUUCAAUAAUAUUCAUAUAUUCAACCAGAACCUGUUGAAGGUAAAAACGACGACUGAACAACUUCACUUGUUUAAUUAAACCUGUAUUUUUUUUAAAGAUUUUUUUAAAAGGAGACAUAUUCUGAAGAGAACCGAGAUUCUGAGAACUUUUAAAUUCACUAAAAACCUUUAACGCUUCAGAAAACAUCACGUGUCUCCUCUAAUGUCGUUUUUGCAUAUUUUGGAUUUUGAUCCAUGUUCCUCCGUACGUUUUCCAGCAGAGACAUUUUAACAAACCCCCUUUACAGCAGCAUUAUACAUUUAUAAUAAUGUUAUUUCAUUUUUGAUGUUUAGAUUGAAAACACCCAGGUCUAUACAGUUAGCAGCCGGUUAGCUUAGCAUAAAGAGCGAUUCAUUAACAGGUCACUGCCAGAAAAACUAGAUUUUAGUUUGAAUACGUCAGAAGUGCCAAAUGUUUCCGUUUCCAUAAAGAUGGACGACAUGACAGCUCCUCAAAAGUGAAGCCAGAGCGUCUAUCGCCCCCUGGUGUCUGGCUGCAGUACAGGUCAUUGACCUCCAUGUUAGCAGAUGGGACAUGGACCAAACUAAAGAA